AUGUAUGACUUGGUGGUCCACCUUGAAAAAGGCAUGGACUUGUCGACCAUGGAACAGGGGAUUGCGUUGGUUGGAGCGGCUUUGGUUAACAAAAAUCUAAACAAGUGGGGUGUACGAAAUAUACUUAGAUCCUCUUGGAAAGAUCUUGGAGAGGUGGAUAUCAAGUGGGUCAAGGACAAUCUGUACAUCAUUACCGUCCAAGAUGAAAGCACAGCGGGAAAGAUUCUUAGUCAGGUACCCUGGGCUGUAAUGAAACAGAACUUCUCAAUCAAAAGAUGGCCAAAGGAGAUGGCGCUGGAGGAAAUUGAGGUGGCGAGGGUUCCUUUUUGGGUUCAGAUCAUAGGGGUCCCCCCUUGUCUCAUAUCAGUGGCAAACGUCCAGCGUCUUGCGAAGGAAAUCGGUGAAUUUGUGGAGGUAGAGAAUCUGGCCAAGGCUCGGGGUUUCUUAAGAGUGAGAAUCAUUGUCAACACACAAGAGUCCCUGAUUACAGGCUGCUGGUUGCCAAGGGAUGAGGAUAAGGAUAUCUGGGUAGAGUUUCGUUAUGAACGGCUGCAGGAUUUCUGCUAUAGGUGCGGUCGAAUUGGACAUAAUAUGAAUGAAUGUUCCUAUGAACAGUCUAAAGCUACAUAA